AUAUGCACCCGCAAGACGAACAUGCUCAGCUUGCCCACUACCUGCCUCGAAUCCAUGACCUGCAACCCGACAAUGUCUGCUAACCCAUCAGCCCAUCCCGUCUGCAACGCACAAAACAAGAGAUGCGUCUGUUUGCCUCGUUUCUCUUACUGUUUGCCUACACUCUCUCACAAAGGCAUCCAUUCGCCUUUGCCAUCUCACCCCACGAAGCGUUUCUCCAUGUUUAGGACUUGGCAUGAGACUCCAAACGAAACAUCUGACAGCACCAACACCACGCAAUUAUGA